CCGCCAUGCCCCGCCGCCGUGCGGAUCGGUUCCUCCUUCGCCCGGGACCGGCAGGGGAAGUGCGGGGUGAGUGCCGGGCAGCGUGAGCCGUGCCAGGCUGGGGAGCUGGGGACAGCCCUGCGAGAGGCACCGCCAUGGCCCGGCAGGAGCGGGACAGGGGCGAGGCAGAGCAGAAGGUAGCUGGCAUCUCCCGGAGGUUCACCUUCCUGGAUGGCGCCCAGCCCCGAGCGGGCGGCCCGGCCCGCGGCUCCCAUCUCUGGCCCGCCGCGCUGGAGCGUUUCCAUACGCCGCAGAACACGGACACCAACAAAAGCACUAACUGGAGCAGGCACAGCCUGGGGAGCUGGGGUAGGACUUCAGGCAGGUUCUCCGUUAGCCCCAGCAGUACCCGGAGGAAGGAGCUGAAGGAAAUCCUCCUGCAGAGCAACAGCUCUGGCAGCACCUUGCGGUUUGCCACUGCCCAGAAGACAUCCAGCAGCAGCAGUGUUCCUGCAGGGCUGCACCAAGAGCAGAAGCCUGAGCAGAGCCCUGAUCUGCUGCCUCUUGUCCUUGAUCCCCUGGAGCACGCGUGGCUGCUGACGGUGGCCGAGGGCGAUGCAGACAGCAUCAUCAAGCUGCUGGACCUGGAUCCCAGCCUGCUGACCAGGAGAGACUUUGUGACAGGCUUCACCGCUCUCCACUGGCUUGCCAAGCAUGGCCACCAUGAGAGCUUCAUCCAGGUCAUCUCCCACGCCCAGAAGAAAGGCUACCCUGUGAACAUGAACAUCCCCACAGCCAGCGGCGGGCUCACCCCUUUGCACCUGGCUGCCUUGCAGGGACAUGAGGUGCUCAUCAAGGUGCUGGUGGGAGCUUACGGGGCAGACACCACCUGCAGGGACCACAAUGGGCGCAAGGCUUGGCAGUACCUGCCAGCACACACCUCCAGGGACCUGAAGGAGCUGGCAGGGGCCUUGGAGGAAGAUUUGGUCCAGCUGCACUCCCACAACACCAACAACAACUGUAAGUCAUCCAGAGAGGCUGGGGCAGGGCAGGACUGUGUGGACUCUGGGGCUGAGGGAAAAGCUGCCCAGCACUCCUGGGGCCUGUCGACCCUGCGAGGCUUUGUUAGACAGGCCUUUGCUUUCUUCCAUGAGCGCUGAAGCUCUCCUGCCUCCAUUCACCAAUAACCCAUGCUGGAUAGCAGCUGGAAAAGCCUGCAGGGAGCUGGGAACUUGGCUACUCAAAAUCCUGCCCAAGUGAGGGUUAAGCCAUGGCACCAUGGCCGCCCUGGGUCUUGUGGUCUUUUGGGGCUAUUCCAGUGGCUGUGUGGAGCACCAUGGCCAUUGGGAGCAGUACCUUGGGACAGCCCUUCCAAAAAACUGCCUGUCUGUGCCCCCAUGGAUGGGGACUCCUUGCUGCAUCCUAACAGAUCACCAUGGUCAGGGCUCACGUGUCAGCUGUGCUGUGGGGAGCUGCUCCAACACCCUGCUUGCCCACCAUGGAUGGUCAGGAGGAUGCUGACCCACCAUGUGUGGAUUUCACGCUGCAAACACCUUCCAGCUUCCUCUGAGAUCUCCUGAUCUCUGCCAUAUGCACCUUCUCUAGGUUGAUGUUUGUUUAUGACAGCUGAUUAUAAAGGUGAUUCUCAGUGGAGUAAGGGCUAAGGGCCCUGUUAGAAGAGUCCAGGCCAAGAAAAGCCUUUCAAAAUGCAAAACAACUCACACUGGCAACCCUUCCCUUGAGAUCCCAUCCCAGGAAGCCUGAAAUGCUCAUCCUCAUUAGGAAUGGGGGCCAGAGCAAAGGAGGCAGGAAGGACACAAGGGAGGCUGCACGUGGUGGCCCCUGUGGGGAUUAGAGUUCAGGAACAGCUCUGCAAAGAUGAUUCAUCCUCAGAAACUGUGGAAAAGGUAUGUGAAGUCUGUGAGAUUGAGAUUAUUUUUAUUGCUACUGAGGUCAUGCUCAAAAAUGAAACUGAUGAACAUUGCUGCAGCAGCAUAACAGUGCAUGUAUGUCUGUCACUGCA